GCAUGAUUACGAAUUGAAAUUUUCGAAUCAUGCUAUAAAAUGUACAACAACUCUGAUUACGAUCCUUUAAUUAGGAGAUCAGCCCUUAUACCAGAUGCAGUGGUCUAUGGAACUUCUAGAAGUGCAAUUAUCGAUGAUUCCUUAUCACAACCUAGUCUCUUGUCUCUUCGCACGGGGUCCAGGUCCUCAAUUUCGGGAUCUGGAUUGCCUAACGAAAUUACUGAUGAUAUCCUAAUGGAACGGUCUUCUCUAACGCGCACGAUUGUCAAUACCAAUCCGUUAAACAAUAACGCUCUCCUGAGAAGGGAUGCUAGAGAUUCCUAUUCUCAAGUAAAAUCAGAUAUUGAUUGGUCAACCUUCGAUUACAAAAAUGAUCCUUACUAUAUUGAAAAACGAGAGCAGCUCAAAUCCAAAACAGCAUCAACGGCAUCGAUGGACGAUAUUGUUAAUGAAAAUCUAUCAUACGAUCAGAAAUUGAGAGCAGUUGCUGAACAGCUAAGAGAGUUAGAAAAAGGUCCUCAAAUUGUAGACAGUGUGUUGACAACAAGGUUCGAGAAACCUUCGAUGAUCCGAAUAAGUAGUGGUCUGACUUUUAACAGUUUUGACCUUGCAGUUCCCCAAGAGCAGAAAGUUCUUAAGAAGAAGUCGAAAGCGGCUCCGAAACCGGUGAUUGAAUCAAAAAAGGUGUCGAACACUUCUGUAAACUCCUCCUCUGAAGAUCCAUAUGAUAAAUAUAACAAAAAUCCAAUAGGCAAUAUUGUUGGGAAACGUGCGCAGAGAAUCAAGCAACAGUUAGCUCAAAAGAAAGCAGAUGCUGAAAAACAAGACGACGAUAUAGUUGUUGCGGAAAAUUGUUCAGAAUCAAUUGUACCUGAUAGCUCAACUGGGCUUGGUGAGGAAACAUCGUUUCAUCAAAAAGACACGGGUGGUAUAAAUGAGCGUGCCAGAAGUAGUUCGUUUUCAGAAGUUACAUCGCUGGAGCCAGAUUCGUCGACUGACAAUGUUUGCGUACCGUCUGUGUCUUCAACUGGGGAAUCUGAUAUUGUCGAUUCCACCACACCUGAAAUACAGUACCUUGCGCAACAACAGAGAAAGUCUGAGUCGUCUAGUUCAGCCGGAUCUAAAGAGUAUCCGAUUGAGAUUUCAAAUGAAGAACCAGAAGAGCAGAAAGAUGAUACGAAGUCUUCUAAUGAACAAACUGCCGAUGAUGACGGAAUGUUGGCGAUGUUUCUCAGAGAACAGCGCGAGUCCGUGAAAUCUGAACCGAAUAUCACAAAACCCCAAGCUUCAACCAAAGUCCCGUUCUCUUUGAAGCGGAUACCCACGAAGUCAUCUGUUCUUAAAUCUUUGGCGAAGCCUGGUGCUUCAAUUCCCACUUUAACUAGAACAACAGGAGUAAAGCCUUCGUCAUCCUUAAAGAAAUUUCAGGGUAAAGAUAGAAGCGACUUUCAAAACCCGGUAAGGACUCUUUCAUUACCGGAUCCCUUGACUAUUUUUCCCGAAACACCCAGGUUUGCUCUGGAUCCAAUGCAAUCAUUUGGACCUAGACAUUCGCCAGUAUCUUCUUAUAACACGGAGUCGUCAACUAGUUGGUUAAGUCGAAGUGUAGAACAUGCACAGAGGUCUCGAAAUGGAGAAGUCGAUGUUCAAGCGAGACUGAGACGCGAGCAAGAGCAGGCAGAAGAGGAAAUGCGUCGACGGGAAAGUUCUAGUGGGAAUCAGAGUAUGGUCACCAAACCGCCGGACCCUUUAAGUGUGCUGAAUAAUAUGUGGAAUGGACUGACAAACCAGCCCAUGAAACCUUUUUCACCCUUAAGAACCUCAGCAUCUCUGGACCCAUACACCACCAUUAAAACAUCGGAACAGCGUAGAAUCAUAGUUGAACGUGAACUUGAGCGCAAGAGACUUCUGAAAGAGGAACAAAAGGCUCUCAAAGAAGCGAUGGAGUUGGAAAAACGGCGAGAAAUUGAACGCAGGCUAGAAACUGAGAUCGCAAAUGAACGUGAAAGGGAGAGAAAACGUCUGCUUGCUGAACAGCAAAAACUAUUAGAGUUAAAACGAAAGGAAGAAGAUGAGCUUCGUAGGCGAUUGGAAGAGGAAAGAAAAGAGCGCGAGCGAAUUGAACGCGAGAGGAAAAUUCGCGAACAGCGCGAGAAAGAAAGACGUCAAAAUGAAGACUUGAAACUGAAACGAAGUCUGAUAGAAGUAUAUAACUUAGAUAUGCACGAUGAAUUCACAGGGUCAAUGGAUACCGAAGUCAAAAAACAGAAAAACGAAAAGUUUUCAGGCAAUACUUUACAUAACUGCAAAUGUUUUGAAAAUUUUGAUGCGUUUGACAUCAGUGGAAUUGGAAAGUCAGUUACUAUAACACCCUAUCAUAUUUUCUCAGAAGAUAUUAGUAUGGUGCCAUUGGCGGGAAAUUUUGACGAUGAAAUUUUGAUAAGAGAUAUUGACACUGCAAUACAGGUGGCAAGAGAGAGUGUUUUUGACAGGAGGCUGAAAAAGUUCUUAGAAAUCUUGAAAGGUCUUCCGGAUGAUUACUUGGAAUUCCCUGAAGAAACUUGUAAUUUUCUGGACGUUGAAUGGAAGGAAUUUUCAAAUGACAAACAAGACGACGAGCAAGAUUUGUCAGAUAGUGAACUAUUGGGAUUAGUUGAAUCAAUGAAAGCCGAGUGCCUUGAAAUGAAGCAGAAGUUGAAACUUCAAGCCGAAGAGGCGGAGAAACGAAAAGCUCUAUUGGCUGCCAAAAUGGAGGAAAAAGCUAAAUUAGCUGAAAAGGCACGCUUAGAAGAGAAAGCACGAAAAGCAGCAUUGAAGAACAGUGCUGGUCGAGAGUCAAAGUCUUCGAAGUGUCAGAACAUUCGAGAUUCUUCAACUUUAUCAAUUUCAACUGUAAUGCGCAGAAACCCGGACGACCAGGGAACAAUUGUUUACGAACCGGAAAAGCGCAAACCUAGCCAAAAUCCAGCUACAAAGUCUGGAAGCAACUCCAGUUUUGCGAAAACCAGCAGUUCACUUUCAGAUUUCAUAAAAGAGGCUGGGUUUAAAUCAUCGGAAUCAAGUGUGUGGGUUAAACAAGAGCGUGAAUCGCCCCCACCAAUGGGCAUCCCGAUUCCACCUCCCAAUAUGUUCCCAACGAUAGUUCCACCACCUUCUGAUAUGUACAGUGCUGCAGCUGCUUCCUUUGCAGCUCUUAAUUUCCAAAGAUUCGGGUUCAAUGAAUCGUCUUUGCCUUUUGCGGAUACUAUUAGUAAAAUUGGAGGUGUAACUAUUGUUCCGGUCGAUGCCAGGCGGCAAGAAAGGGAACAAAGGAGACAAAAGUCACCAGAACGUUCUCCUCAAAGGACGAAAAGAAGUCAUGUCCAACGUCGAGGAAGAUCUCGCAGUAGGUCCUUGUCAAGUAGCGAUUUCAAACUCCCGUUAGCCGCAGAAAAACCGAUCAAAAAGAGUAGAGUGUCAAGUCAUCAAAGAUCGGAUUCCGAUUUUUCGUCACACAGUCGCUCGCCAAAAUAUACAAAAUCAAGUUCAAGUUCACAUCACAGAAAACACAAGAAGGAAAAAUCAAAACGAGAUCACAAAGUGAAACACAGGAAGUCAAAAAAGAAGUCUAAAAAAGAAUCAAAGUCGAAGCGGCGAGACUCGAGCUCAAAACUCAAAAAGCGAAUCAAAAAAGAACCUUUUGACCCUGAUGAAGCGACAAAUAGUAAGAUUUUCAUCAACCCGCAUCAUGAAAACUUCAAACGAUUUUACAGUGCUAAAGAAGAAAGUUCUAAAGUCACACAAGUGAGAGCAAUUUCGUUGUCAUCCGAAUCCUCUUAUACUUCCACCUCAAAUGGAUGGAAGAUUUUUUUCAGUUUUUAUGAAACUACUUUGGAUAUUAAACUGGAGCCUCCUAAUCACAUUUUGAGCAGGCAAGAGGCCGAACUGGAUGCCAUUCUUUCAAUCUAUCCGGACUUGGUCGAAGAUCUCCGGCCUCAGAACAACAAAUGGAAGGUAUACACACCGCCGGAGUUACGAGUGUCCAUUAAGCCCUCUCAAGAUACAACAACAGGCGCAGUUUAUUGCUCAGUUGAUAUCCAUGUGAGCUGUGACAAGAACUACCCGGAAUCGAGGCUGAAGUUUGGUCUGGAAAAUCCUACCGGACUCCAAGAUCAAACUUUGAAGGAUCUAGAAAAGGAGUUGAAUGAUGUUUUGGAUCAAAAUGAGAAUUCAGAAGUAAUACUUGAACUAAUUCAAGCUGCUAAAGAUUUUCUCCAUGUGCAUAACAAACCACCAUUGCCGUCAUUGGCAAAAAUUAGGGAAAAUGCCCUAAAAAAGCAAAAGGUAGCUGAAGUUCAUCUUAGGAAUCUAAAACAGAUAGAAGAACAGGCUAAAUACGCCGCAGAAAAUGAAAACAUCGAAAAGAUUGUAAGAUCAAGAAAAUCUCAUGUUUCAGUCGAAGGAAGAAGACACAAUUCUAUAUCGUUGGCGGACGAGAACAAUCACGGCGACUCGGUUUACGAAAAUCGAGCAACCUGUAAUUUGCCGACGGUAUCUUUCAAAGACCCGAAAGACGAGAACGUAGAAUACAUAGUCAUCGUACCUCCUCUCUGUGAUUCACAUGGUUCUUUUUCAAGUUUCGACACAGGUAAUGGAACAAAGUUUACUGUUCAGAGUUUCGAAAUUGUGCGUCCGGAGCUUGGGAAAGAUUUGGGAAGAGCAGAUGAAAGGAACUUUAAGAGCGCAUCAGAAACUCUUUGGAGCCAAAUUGAAUACGAAUUGAAACGUACUGUUACAUCAUUGGAAAAUCGAAUGACAUCAUUUUACCAUCAUAAUUUGUCAGUUCCAACGUCAGUCAAAAUAAAUCAGUUCGAAAAUUCCAAAUCAGUCCAGCUACUUAAUCCGUCUAGCUGUACCGAUUUGACUCUCGAACAAUUAUUGAAAUACGUCAAGAGUUUCGAUGUUAUCACGGUACGAACAAUACUAAAACAGCUUUUGGUUUCAACGGUAUAUCUUCACAGUAAACGAAUGUACCUUGGUGAUGUUUCGUUAUCGGAUAUUUUAUUUUACCCUGAUAAACGAAUCGUUGUCCGAAACUUCGAUGUAGUCACAAGACUCAGGUAUCUUGAGUCUUUUUCAAAAGCUUCCAAAACUGAUUUCAACUCAAUAUGUGAUGAGCCGAGCUCAAAGCAAGAUUCUCUGACAUGCUGCAAUUUAGGAAAGUUGCUGCUUGGUGAUUCUUACGAAGUUCUGCAUCCUAGAGCCAAAGAGUUUUUCGAGCUUGGUUGUGAUCUCAAUGAAACAACUCGACUGACUGUGAACGAACUUUUGAGUCAUAAGUUUAUGACUGAUUCUGAUUGGUUAGCCGAAGAAAGCGUGAACACAAAUUCUGUUAGCUUCAACGUUGUUCCAGAGUAUAAAGAACUCGACAUUCCAAUCCCCACGACAAGGCAAAACAGCUCAAACUCCCAGGACCAAUUUCGAACUCAUUCAGUUUUUCAGGAACAAUUCGAAGUUUUAGAUUUCUUAGGUGAAGGUGGUUUUGGUUCGGUUUUAAAAGUUCGCAAAAACCUAGAUGACAGUAUUUACGCCCUUAAAUGUGUCAAAUUGGAGUAUAGUAACCCAAACGCUUUGAAAAGACUGUUUCGCGAAGUAAGAGUCUUGUCUAAAAUGCGAAGUGAACACGUAGUUAGAUACUUCAAUUCAUGGGUCGAAACUAUUGAAACGCUAGUCGAAAGUUCAAAAUCGUCAAAUGAUGGGGUUUCUUUUGAUAUGGCAAAAUUGCAAAGGGAAAAUGACCGGCUGAUGGAAAAGAAUACAGAUACUCUGGCUAGUAAAGUCAGUUUCAGUUUCGCUUUGAAGUUCGAUGACGAGCCGCCGCCAAUUUCCGGAUCCGUGUCUUGGGGUUCUUCAAAUAACCGUUCCAGUACUAGAUGUACAGAAGAAAUGUCAACGGGUCAGUUUGCUCUGUUUGGCGACGAUAAGUCUGACGCUUCGGAUAUCGAAUCCUCCGAUUCGGAAUCAGAAAGUACGACUGACGAUGGUAUCAUUUUUGGAAGUGCUCCUAAAGUUUCAAACUCCUCGAAUUCGGCUGCUCAGCAUGAGUCAGUUGAGUCAUCAAAUGCGCCCGAGAUAGUGCGUUUAGAGAAGAUUCUUUACAUACAAAUGGAAUAUUGCGAGCGCAACACUCUUUUCGACUGUGUUCGCGAAGGACUGUAUAAGGAUCCAGCGCUUUACUGGCGUUACUUCAGGGAAAUUCUUAACGGAUUGAUGCAUAUUCACAAUCAUGGGUUAAUUCACAGAGAUUUGAAGCCUUCAAACGUAUUUAUCAGCGCUGAUGACCAUGUCAAGAUUGGAGACUUCGGUUUGGCAGUGGGGCCCAAAGAAGCGGCAACUUCAUCGACUCAAGAACUGUCUUUGUCGCAUGGAACUACGUCAAGUAGCAAUAAAGACUUGACUAGCAAAGUUGGAACUACUUUUUACGUCGCACCUGAAAUAGAAAAGGGAUCUAUUUAUAAUGAGAGGGUUGAUUUGUACAGUUUGGGAAUUAUACUUUUCGAAAUGACAUAUCCCGUCGCAACAACGGCAAUGGAGAGAACCAAAAUUAUGACUGCUUUGAGGAAGGAAGUGUGCGAGCUGCCUUCUGAUUACUCGAAAGAGACUGAAAAAUCAUUAAUCAAAUGGCUACUUAAUCAUAAUCCUGAAUUACGACCUUCAGUUAAGGAAGUUUUAUCUUGGGAAAGAUUACCGAAAGAUGAAGUUCAAGAUUCGAAACUUCUAGAAAUGCUUAGAAAUGGACUUUCUAUGCCAAAGUGGACCACCUAUCGAGCUGUAGUUAAUUUAAUAUUUGCCAAUGUCACCAACUUGCCAGCCCGUGACUUUGCAUAUGACCUUGAAUUGAAUAAAUUUCAUGUACAGACAUAUAUCAAAACAGAGAAAAUCUUUGCAGAAGUGUUCGAAAUUUUAUCUGCAACUAAGUCUAUUUUGCCAAGUGUGAUCCCGAAGUCUGAAAUUUACAAUCAAAUUGAUUCGGUUUUUUGCUUUCUUGACGAAAACGGAAUGCCUUUAAUGUUACCUCAUGAUUUGAGGGUACCUUACGCUCGAUCAAUUUGCAAAGACCCUGUAGGUAUUGUUCAACAGAAACGCUACUCUAUAGGAAAGGUUUUCAGAUGUCAUUCAAGCGAUUAUACCCAUCCUAGGGAGUCGAGUGAAGCAACGUUCGAUUUUAUAGUUGAACCAAGUUUCGCACGUCUCGCAGAAGCGGAAGUUGUUAAUACGGUUUUUCAUGUUCUGAACGCUUUCGAUUCACAGUCUCAAUUUUCUGACAUUAUCAUUGAAUUUAACCAUUUUGAUAUUGUGAAAGGAGUCCUUAAAUUACUAGGCUACCAAGAAGAUGUGAAAAGGGCUCUGAAAGCACUUCAGUCUUCAAAGCGACAAAUGAAGAGUUCUAAUUCUGCAAUUUCACAGUUCUGCUCUUUGUACAAUAUUGAUAGUGCUAAGUUGAACAAUUUGCUGACCCCGUUUACUUUAGACAAAGCCGAUGAAAUGUUACGUAAUGUGUUGAGAGAAAAAAGCGAAACGGGGAAAAUGUGCAAACGGGCGUUGAAAGAAGUCGAGACUACAGUUUCAAUUAUUCAGUUAAUGCUAGGAUCCAAUUCAUAUCGGAAUGUUUCGAUCAAGUUGAAUCUUCGUCUAACUGCACAAAAUUGGCUUUACUCUGGCCUAAUUUUUCAAGUUGCAGUUAACAGUAACAGGCCUAGAAUUUUGGCUCUGGGAGGAUCGUAUAACGACUUAGUGAAUAAAUUGUCAAGACCGGGUAUCAAUAUAGAUCAUCAUUUUGUCGGCGUCACAUUUGAUUUCGCCAAAUUUGCUGCAAUGUUAAGUUACGGAGAUGACGAUGAGUCUAAGAUAUCAAAUAAAAGUGGCAAAAGGAUGCUUUCUCUAGCGUUCGUUGGGAACUCUUUGACGAGAAAGCAGUUUUUAAUAGCCGCUGAGUUCAUUAAAGCGGCAGGAUUUACUCAAAAUUAUCAAAUCGAAAUAGUAUAUCAAAGGUUUUCUUCGAAAGACGAUCUUCUAGAAUUCUGCAGUGGGGCAAAAAUUACUUUAGUUAUUUCUGUUUCUGAGCAUUCAGUGAAAAAUGCAGCUGAACUGCUAUCAUUGGAAAAAUUUCACGUUAAAAAUUCUAUAAUCCUCGAACCCCAAAAUUUGAGCACAGAAUUAGAAAAAAUUGCCGCCGAAGAAGCAAAAGAUCUCGUUAACUCCAAAAACGAAGAAGUUAGCUCAUCUGAUGUCAAAUACGAAUCAAGUUCGCAAAGUAUAAUCAAUGUGAGCUCAAUUAUGGAGGAUAAAUUUGAAAAGAUGAGUGUCCGAAAACGGUAUGAGGGAAUCGCUCUAUCAAAAGCAAGGCAGAAUUUAUUUUCGAAAUCGGACGCUGAAGUCAUUGUCACGGAUCUUCCAAGAAAUAUUGUUGCCGCAAUUUCAGCGUACAUAGAUUUAAGCAGCGCAGAACAGAAAGUGUAUGAAUCUAGUUUGGAUUCAGUUUGUGAACAGUUUCCAAGAAAACAGGAUUUCAUUCGAAGAUUAUGCAAUAAGUUGCGCGAUCUGAAAUUAUCAAAAACACAACCUCAUAUCGUUUUAUUUUCGUAUAAAGACACCUUUUACAAACUGGUUUAUUAAUGAUAUUUAAUGAUAUUUAUUGCUGUUCAAUUGUAAAUAUUCAUGUUUGGUGAUUUAGUUCG